AUGUUGUAAAUGUAGCAAUUCUAAAAUUACUACUUGAGUGAAAUUAUUUCAAAUAUAUAAUAUUAAAUUAAAUUUGUAAAUUUAACAAUUCUAAAGCUAGCUUGCGUAUAAAAUUAACUCUCUCAAUAAUCGUUGUAAAUAUUGAUACACCAUCUAUAAUUCAAUGGUAUUCAUUCUAAAUUUAUGUAAAGCUUUAGCUCUAAUCGAAUCUGCAUUACAAACGAGAAUGUGAUGGCUUUUUACAAAUUACAAGUGUAUAUAUCAUAUAAGUUGUCUUCAAUUUAUAAUUAGGUAAAUAUUAACACAUAUUUCAAUUUUCAACCUGAUAAAAAAAAUAAUAGACAAUAAAAUUAAAAUUCGAUGACUGAUUUCAAUAGAAUUCAAACUGCUGAAUUUAUUCGGUUACCACCAUUAUUAUUGAUCUUAAAUGCGUUUUUGAUGGUUACCUAAAUUUUCAAAAACAAGAAAAAUACUAAGGAACUCUUUACUUCAAUUUAAUGUUAAACUACUCAAAUCUAUUUUAUUUGA